GAAAUCUUUCUUCGAUUAAUAGUAUCCCUGUGGAAAAAUGAGGGGUUGAGUACUAAUCCGUUUUAAGAGUGGCAUGUUAUAUUUUGUUUAGACCUUGUUUACACCUCUCACUGCUAUUUACCAUUGUAAAGAAUGUAUGUAGGACUGUCGUUCACUCUCUAGCGUCAAUUAAGAAGAAUAGGUAGGUAGGCAUCCGGGAACACUGAACACAUCGUACCUAUCAGGCACUCGCCAGCACCGCUCCAUCUUCGACGUCUAGCCACGUGUUACAGGCGAGAGGGAUUUCACUAUGCAGAUUUGGGAACUGUCAGAUAUCCGGCGGUCAUUGUAUUGGCUAUAGCGUCCAUUUUGUGUCUCUCUAUCAGAGCAAAGUCCAUGGGGGAGAGACCGAGGGAAAUUCAUGGAGUCUAUGAUUGUUGGAGACGUAGCAGAGCUGACGGACAACCAGGUGAGAAAAAUGUCUGAAAGCCAAGGCACACACGUGCGUGCAUGCCCACACACAGACACAAGCACACAUAACACCCACACACACACACACACACUCUCUCCUCCCACUUUUUUUUAAAUCUCAAGGGCACGCUCACCCUCUUCACCAAUGACAAGGGAGGAAUGAAUGAUGAUCUCAUCGUCACCAAGACGGACCAAGGUUACCUCUACGUGGUGUCCAACGCUGGCUGUGCAGACAAGGACUCCGCCAACAUGAAGACUGGCAGAGUGUAAAGCAGCUGGCCAUGGUGUGGAUCUGGAGUUUCUGGAGGAAUGUUUGAUUGCCGUUCAAGGGAAGUUCUCUUUUGGCAACAGUUCUACUCGAUAUGUUUAUAUAUCGGAAGGUUCCACAACGUUGUGCCCUCCUGAACAUGGCCCUGCGUUAAAGUAGUGUUUGACCUGAGUCGUAUUCAUUAGGCAACAAAUGGAAGAAAACAGACUGAAACAGGGACCGAGUAACUGAUCUUGUCCAAUAAGAAACACUUGUUUUCGUUUUCCAUUUGAAAAACAUUUGGCUACAGUGUGCACUAAUGAAUACAACCCUGUACAUGUCCUCCUCAGGUCCCUCCAUGGCCCAGGUGCUCCAGUCGGGUCUGACAGAUGACCUCAGCAAGCUGACCUUCAUGACCAGCACCUUGGCCACAGUGUUUGGGAUCCAGGGCUGCAGGCUGACCUGCUGUGGUUCCCCCGGAGAGGAUGGAGUGGAGGUGUCUCUUUCACUCGUUUCUGGUACUUCAGUAGAGAUCUCAGUGCCUAAGUCUGGCGUGGUGGCCGUGACUGAGCACCUGUUGGCCAACAGUGAGGUCAAGCUGGCCGGACUGGGGGCGCGAGACAGUCUGCGGCUGGAGGCAGGCCUCUGUCUCUAUGGCAACGACAUUGAUGAGUCUACUACCCCUGUGGAGGCAACCCUGUUGUGGACUAUAGGAAAGCGGCGGCGUCAGGCGAAGGAUUUCCCCAAUGCGGAGAUCAUUCUCCCCCAGAUAAAGGCGAAGACAGCGAGGAAGCGUGUGGGUCUGGUGUCCUCGGGACCCCCUGUCAGACAGCACACCCCCAUCCUCAGGGUGAGGUCACCAGUGGUUGCCCCUCCCCCUGCCUUAAAGCAGAACAUUGCCAUGGGUUACGUGGAUGCGCCAUACGCCAAGAAUGGAACUCCCAUUCAGGUGGAGGUGAGGAAGAAGCCGGUGGUCACCAAGAAGCCCUUUAUGCCUACCAACUACUACUCUGGCCAGUAGAUCUGUCUCUCAAUGGACACCCAGUUUAUGUGAUCAGCCUGCAUGCCAGUGGACAGUGACCUGACCAGACAUACCUUCUCCCUUUAGAGAUCAGUUCAUCAGAGCAAUUCUGCCCCCUUGUGUUUACCUUGAGCAUUGACACUCAAAGCUGAAGGACAGCGAGGCUUCUUUAGCAACAGAGAACGGGUUAUGAGUGUGUGUGUGUGUGUGUGUGUGUGUGUGUGUGUGUGUGUGUGUGUGGCCUCGCCUGCAGCCACAGCUCAACACAACUAUAAACACAGCUGAACCCUUGAUGAUGAGGCUUUUCACUCCUGUUAUCUGAAGCGUGUUAAUGGUCCUCAGACCACAGUGAGUUGUAUGAAUGAGCCAUACGGUUGGAAGGACAGGACAGGGAAAUCGCUGACUGGUCCUCAAAUGCAGCAUAACGUGCUACGUAAACCAAGAGACAAAGCAGUAUGUCGCUUGAACAGGACUAGUGUGCAAAACUUAUUUUCUCCUUUCUAAUACCAAUUAGAUGUUGAAUUUUAAAAAAAACGUGCAUUUUGCAGGCUUAGUGACCCAAUGACGUGUGUGUUACAUAAAUGUUCACUAAUUACUAACCUAAUACCAUAUAUCAACAGGACCAAACGCUCCAUAUGAUUCCAAAUUGUGAUAUUAUAUGUCAUUAGGCUUGUACAAUGAUCUUAGUUCCCAACAACAUUCCCAACAAAGUGAAACUUAACAAUACAAUACAUGUUGUGUAGUGGAGGGUAAGUGCAGCUCAUCCCCUUUUUUUAACAUUCAACAAAUGACCCACCUUUUACGGAGAAAUUCGUCGAAAGUAUAGAGACCUUUACUUUUUUCACAGGGGACCGGCGAUCAGUUUUACACAACUAUAUAUUUCUUCCCACCACUACAUCACUGAUGAUAUGCGUUAACAUGUGGCCAAAAAACUUACAAGAAAGCUUUAGAAACUAGAAGUGGGACUAUUGUAAAGUAACUUAGAGGUGUUCGGGGUCUCGCAUCUCCCUUGUACGACUGAAAUAUUGUCUCAAUGUUUUGGGAUUGACGUGUGAAUGCCUUCAUUUUGUAUAGCUAGGUAAUUAUGUCGUUUUUGUAUCUCGCACCCUUCUAUUUUCCUUGUCAUAUAGGGUGUAAUUCACAAUAUAAUACAAAUUUCCCUUCGUUGUGGAAUGCCUUAACUUUGAAGAAAUUGCUUUGUAUUUUUGGAGGUCACUAAUUUCAUGGCAUCAUGACUCCACUAGAUCGAAGUUAAAUAUUAUCUUUCACUGAUCUCAUUUGCUAAAAUGUGCUCAUUAGCUGCGAGUACGAUUGUCAUAUUUGUAUGGACUAUAGUCACUGUUUAUUCAUGCAUUAGUCAAUGAGAUUGAUUAAUGCACUGUGUUUUUGUCCAUUUAACUGAGAUUGUGUUGUUUAUAAAUUAUUCUAUAAAUAAUUAAACACGAUAAAAUGCACAAA